AUGGCAAGUUGUGCGCGCGGCGAACAUGCUGCUGUGAAAUAUUCCCACUUUGAGGUUGGAGAAGUGUCCAAGGGGGACCCCGAGCCGCCGGGCAGCAAACCGCCCCGGCAGCCCAACGACCAAUGCCCGCCCCCCGCCAGGGCAGCGCACACCCGUAACGGAAGCCCUACUGACACUCCCCAUGGAAGCGCAUUCAACUCGCCCUUCGAGGAUCAGCUUCGACAGCGCAAUAUUCAACUUUCAAACCUCGCGUUACCAAAUGCACCCAACAGGAGUCGUUCUUUUGAGUGGCAUGACAAAUCUGCGCCUUCUCCUGGGCCUGCGCCCGUUCUCUCAUUGGAUAGGCUCCCGCCUGAAUUGCAUGACUACAUUUACGACAUCCUCGCAGCUUCAUCCUCGUCUCUUCAACAGGCUCAUGCUGAAGAACGAGGAAGACUGCCAUAUGCUAUAUGA